UUGUAAGCCGGCGUUAGCCGAACGUUUUGAUAUUUUGUUAAAAUCAAUAAAAUUGCACCGAAUAUCCUGUGAAAACAACAGUAUUAAGUGCUGUUUUUUCAUUUAUUAGUGGCAUACAUUAUUCAAGGUGUGGCCUGCGUAUGAAGUAAACGACGCCCAAUAAUGGCGGAUAUAAAAUCCUUUCUGCACCAGUUCUGCCAAAAAAAUAAAAAGGACCAGCCCCAGUUCGAAGUUCGCCCUACAGGUCCUAAACACCGUCAAAGAUUCCUUUGUGAAGUGCGAAUUGAUGGCUACAGUUACGUCGGCGCAGGAAAUUCAACAAAUAAGAAAGACGCUCAAAGUAAUGCAGCAAGAGACUUUGUCAGUUACCUCGUAAGAGAAGGAAUAGUCAAUCGCCAAGACGUCCCUGAACUAGAAAUUGCGCCAUCAACAACUGGAGGCAAUGACAAUCCUGAACGGAACCAAGGCCCAGCUCCUUCUGUAUUCCAACAGGGUAUGGGUCCUUCAUCCUUUGGAGAUGCUUAUCGCCCUGUUGGAAGAGACCGAUCAGACCAAACUGAUGGAUGGCAUUACAUGAACAGGGCCCAAGAACAAAAAAAUCUCGAAGAUGCUGAAGACCUAGACGUGAAUGCACAAAUACAUGGAAACUGGACCGUUGAGAAUGCCAAAUCCAAAUUGCACCAGUUUAUGCAAACUAAUAAAAUUCAUGCUGAUUAUAAAUAUACCCAAGUUGGACCAGAUCAUUCCAGGACGUUUGUGGCUGAACUAAGUUUUUACGUAAAAGCGCUUGCUAGAACAAUCACUGGCCGCGAUUCCGGUUCUAAUAAGCAAACUGCGAGUAAAAGUUGCGCUCUUUCAAUUGUUCGCCAACUUUUCCAUCUUGGUGUAAUAGAAGCGUUUUCUGGUACUUUGAAAAAGGAAAAAAGCGGUAGCGAAAUGAAACCAUUUGAUGUAAAAAUAUCGCCACAAUUGGAAGAGCAGAUUAGAGAUUGUUUGGAAAAUUUGAACAUUACUGCUACUGAAGUAAAGCCUGACAAUGACGGACAACCAGUUUCUCUUUUGAGUAACCAUGUUCUGGAAGAGUUUCAAGCCUCAAAACCUACAGCGGCAGGUGUGGUGCCGUGGUCACCACCUCAACAAAAUUGGAAUCCUUGGACUGGUUGCAAUAUUGAUGAAGGACCUUUAGCUAAUGCUAAUUUAGAUCAACUUAGUGACCAGUUGUUGGAAGACAGUAAACAGGCACUAGCCCAUAAUGAACAGCUACAGAGAAGCUUACGAGAACGUAAAGAGUUGCCUGCUUUCGCAAUGAAAAGUCAGAUUAUGCAGGCGAUUAAUGAUAGUCCAGUAAUUAUUAUCAAGGGCAACACUGGAUGUGGUAAAACGACACAAGUCUGUCAAUACAUCCUCGAAGAUUACACAAUGUCAGGUCAGGGCGCCUGGUGCAACAUUUGCAUCACUCAGCCUCGGAGAAUUUCGGCAGUUUCCGUUUCGGAACGAGUCGCUAAUGAGCGAUCCGAACCGCUAGGCCAAUCUGUCGGAUAUUCCGUUCGUUUCGAAUCGGUACUUCCCAGGCCUUACGGUUCCAUCAUGUUUUGCACUGUUGGAGUCCUAUUGAAAAAACUAGAAAACGGAUUAAGAGGUGUCAGUCAUGUAAUCGUUGACGAAAUUCACGAAAGAGAUGUGAAUAGUGACUUUAUCAUGGUCGUAUUGAGAGAUAUGAUCCACACUUACCCCGAUCUGCGCGUAAUUUUGAUGUCUGCUACGAUUGACACGAGUGUAUUUUCCAAAUAUUUUAAUAACUGUCCCGUUGUUGAAAUAUCGGGGAGAACUUACCCAGUCCAGCAGUACUUUUUGGAGGAUUGUAUAGAACUCACGAAGUUCGUGCCACCCACUGACGUACGCAAACGUAAAUCUGGUGGUGGAGAUGACGACGAAACAGCACUAGGAGAGGAAGGUGACGAAAACUUGAAUAAAGUGAUUGAUGCCAAGUUUAGUAAUCAAACCAAAAACGCGAUGGCCAGAAUGAACGAAAAAGAAGUUAGUUUCGAGUUGAUGGAAGCGUUAUUGAAAUAUAUCAAGUCUCAGGAAAUCCCCGGAGCAGUUCUCGUGUUUCUUCCCGGUUGGAAUCUCAUUUUCGCAAUGAUGCGUCAUUUACAACAACAUCCGAUUUUUGGAAGUGCGGGUUAUAGCAUCUUGCCGUUGCAUUCGCAGAUCCCUAGAGAAGACCAGCGAAGGGUUUUUGAACCCGUGCCACCACACGUUACUAAAGUUAUUCUAGCCACAAACAUCGCUGAAACUUCUAUUACCAUCAAUGAUGUGGUGUUCGUCAUUGAUAGUUGCAAAGCCAAGAUCAAAAUGUUCACGUCUCAUAACAAUAUGACCAGUUAUGCAACGGUUUGGGCUUCAAAAACCAAUCUAGAACAGAGAAAAGGACGUGCCGGUCGUGUACGACCAGGUUUUUGCUUCCAUUUAUGCUCGAAUGCACGAUUCCAGAAAUUAGACGAACAUAUGACUCCUGAAAUGUUCAGGACGCCGUUGCAUGAACUGGCAUUGAGUAUAAAGCUGUUGAAAUUGGGGUCUAUUGGACACUUCUUGAGCAAAGCUAUAGAACCUCCGCCACUGGAUGCCGUGAUUGAAGCAGAAGUUUUAUUGAGGGAAAUGAAGUGUUUGGAUGCAAAUGAUGAAUUGACACCUCUUGGACGUAUCAUUGCGAAGUUGCCAAUUGAGCCAAGACUUGGCAAGAUGAUGGUAUUGGGUUGCAUUUUCAUGUGUGGUGGACCGUUGGCAACAAUGGCGGCGAACUCAUCAACGUUUCCCGAAAUCUUUACGUUGGAUAUGGGUCAAAGGCGCUUAAGUUAUCAUCAGAAAGCUCUUGCCGGCGAUCGAUUUUCUGACCAUGUUGCAAUGCUGACGGCAUUUGAGUUGUGGGAUCAAGCACGUGAAGGUGGAGAAGAAAGCGAGCAGAGAUUUUGCGAGUAUAAAGGAAUUAGUAUGCCCACUAUGCGCGUAACGUGGGAAGCAAAACAUCAAUUGCAACAAAUCUUAACAUCAGUAGGGUUUCCGGAAGAAACUUUAGCACCAAUUCCGAUGGAAACGAUUGGACCCGAUCCAAAAUUAGACGUCGUCAUGGCGUUGAUGUGUUACGGUCUAUAUCCAAACGUUUGCUACCACAAAGAAAAAAGAAAAGUAUUAACUACUGAAAGUAAAGCUGCUUUGAUCCACAAAACAUCAGUCAAUUGUAGUAAUUUUGAACAAACAUUCCCGUAUCCCUUCUUCGUAUUCGGGGAGAAAAUACGAACCAGAGCUGUAUCAUGCAAACAAAUGAGUAUGGUUACUCCUAUUCAGUUGUUAUUGUUUGGUUCAAGAAAGAUCGAUUGGGUUGAUGGAGUUGUGAGACUUGACAACUGGAUUAAUUUGAACAUGGAUCCGAAAGUCGCCGCACAGAUUGUUGCAUUGAGACCCGCACUGGAAAGUCUAGUUGUUCGUGCGUCUCAAGAUCCUGAACAAAUUCUGGAGAUGACUCCCGUUGAUUUAAAGUUUGUCGCUACCAUCAAGGAGUUGUGUAAACUCCACGCUGGAAGCCAUCAAAUUGAGAGAGCUAAGCCACAGUUGCAGGCUGGACGCCGGCCCCCAAGAGGUCACACCUUGGGCUACAGUGGCCCACCACCCAAAUUUUCCAGAGGAAAUUUUGGUAACAGGGGUGGCUUUCGAGGAGGUUACAGAGGCGGUGGUAACUACGGCGGUGGUUAUGGAGAUGGUGGUAACUACGGCGGCGGUUUUGGAAAUCGAGGCAACUUCAAUAACAGAGGUGGCUUUGGUAACGGCGGAAGAGGGUUUUUUAGAGGUGGACCUUCAGGUGGAAGGGGAUUCAGAGGUGGAAACAAUGGAUACAACAAUUACUAAAUUCAGCAUUUUUAUAAAGUUACAUUGUAUUAAGUGUAUAAUUUUAGUUUGCUAUAGGUGUGUCAAGAUUGUUUUAGUUUUGUGACAGAAUAAAUGUUGUGAUAACCCAAA